AUGUCUACAUCGACUAAAAUCGAUCAAAAAGCGAAAGAACGUCGUGAUAAAAUACUUGCCACAGCAGAAGAACGUUUGGCACGUGUCCGUAGGUUACAAGGGAACGAAAGUUAUCGACAAGCUGAUGAUAAUCAAACUCAACCACCCGCUUCACAUAUUACGACGCCUACGACGCCUAUUUCUGUGCAAAAACCGAGAAUAGAACAACAACCUGAAGAACCAAUGGAAACUUAUCGCAGUGUCACUCAUAGUAGUGACUCUGGUUCAUCUUUAUUUUCAUCAUUGUUAUCCUUGGCAUCUACUACAUCAUCAUUGACGAUGAAUACAGCUUCAACAACGGAUGAAAAUUCAUCUGAAAAACUCGAAACAGAUAAACAAAACGCGUUUCUUUGUCUAUUAGCCUUAUCAGUACGUUUACUCUAUUCAAUCUCAUCACUUGUGCCAAAAAAUCUUUUUUCGCUUACGUUUAUUUUAUUCUGUCUAUUGAUUAUUCCUUAUCGGUAUAUGUACAAACAAUAUAAACAAAAAUCAAAUAUCGUUAUUAGUACAAUUAUUCUGUCAGGUUUUCGUCCAAAUCAAAUCACUUUAGAAAUGUCGAAUUUGCAGUUAUGCAAAGAUUUAAACGAACGUUCCGAUUUAUAUGAGCCACUGCGAAUGUAUUUGAAACCUAUCGCUCGGCUCAAUAUCAGUAUGCCAUUGCCUGUAAUGCGUAUACCAGGUCAAACAAUUUCCACGUGGGAAAUAAUGGAUAAAAUUCGUUCAUUAAUAUUGCCCGAUGAAUUUAUAUUUUUACGUUUAAUUAAAAGUGCCGGUGAAUUAUAUCGUUUUGAAGGUGAAUUAGAAUCAAAACAAAUCGCACGUAGUUGUCUAAUACGUCUAGACAAUUCUGUUAUACGUAUAUCAACUGGACAAGAAUUUCGUUUACGUGCAGCUGAGGCUAAACUACAAUAUCCAAGUCGCACAGAUUGGGAAACAUUUUUUCGUGAAGCAAAAAAUAUGAAUGAAACAAAACCCGGCGAGCGAGCGGAUACCGUCCAUAUUGAAGGACUACCGAUCAAAUGGUUUCAGGAAAAACCGAAUCCUAUGGCUGCUGUUCAGGCUGCCGCUCAUGCGAUAGGUAGCGGAGGUCAAAUUCAAUCAAUUGAUCAAGAACAAAAUAAAGAAAAUAAACCAUCAUUAGAAAUAUUACAACAAGUAUUUUCCACAUUUGGUGAAAUUCGUUGUUGUGAUAUACCAUCUCUUGAUCCAUAUCGAUUUGGAAUAGAUAAUCAACAAAUAAUGACACAAGACACAACAUUCGAUGCAUUUAUACAAUACAGUGAAUAUAUCAGCUUUGUCAAAGCUAUGGAUGCAUUUCGUAAUAUGAAAUUAAUGCACAUUGAAGAUAAUAACGUGGCAUAUACAGCCUCUAUAAAAGUUGAUUUUGAUCGUACAAGACAUUUAUCAGAUCGUAUGAUAAAAAAACGUCGAAUUGAACAAAUGAAGGCCAUGGAAAUGAUCAAAUUAACACGAGCCGAGGCGCAAAGACAAAAAGAUGAAGAAGAGAGAAAAAAAGAGAUUGAAAGGUUGAAAAUUGAACUACAAGAUGCGGAAGCGGAUGAUUUUCCUGGUGUGAAAGACAUAACGAAAGAUUCUAGACGGCGUCAGCGCGAGGACAAACGUCGAUUAAAACGACUUGAACGUAAACGUUUACACGAAGAACGCACAUUGUCGAUGAAAAUUGCCAUGGAAGAACGAAAAAUACUGAUUGCAAAACGAAAAUUAGAAUCAAUGCGUUUAUUAGAAGAAUUAUUUAAUCGUGUCAAAGUACAAAUUGCUCAAGAAGAAUUAAGUAAAAAAGAACGUGAAUUACAAGAAGAUCGUUUGAGAUCAAUGGAAGUAGAUGGAAGGCAGCAACCUUCCUAUCAACAGCAGCAACAACAAUAUAUUUUUUCUUCUCCAAGUCAACUAUUACCUCAGCCAACGACGAAAGAAUUUCGUAGCAAUAAAGAUGAAAUUGAAGCACAGCUGUACGAAUUACGGAAAGAAUUUUAUCAAAAAGAUGAAACAAUUGACGAUAUCUUAAGAAAGCGGACAAUUCCAGAUCGAAAAGUAUUUUGA